CCGGCACCUGGAUUCGGUGCAGGCGCCUCAGAUGAUAGUGUUCAAUGAGACACACCGGCGGCCAAUCAACGCCACCCUCUGUCUGGUGCUGUCCGGCGAGCUGAUGGAGUGUCCGUCGCCGGCCAUCCCCCGUCUGUCCGGCGAGCCGGGUCCGGCGCCGGAGCCGCUCCGUCUGGCCGACUCCCGAGCCUCCCGGAUGCACCGGUCACCCGACAGCCGGCCGACCGGGCCUCGACACCGGGAACUGCAGAUCGGCUUUCUCAUGGAUAAUGUACAGAAAGUUCAAAAUUUGAAGAAGUUCUUUCACAACGUGCUGUCGACGAUGACGUACGUGGAUGAUCCGGUUUACUUCCCGUUCGCCAAGGACGUGAAGAUCUUCAGCGGAGACACACUGGUUAUCGAGGGUCGUGACCUGAGCGCGGCCAGUGACGAGCGUGACACGGCGGUGACGGUGGGCGGCCAGCCCUGCAACGUCACCAGUCUGACGGCCAGCCAGCUGGUCUGUGUGCCGCCCCAGCAGCAGCCGGCCGGCCAGCUCGGCGCCGACAGCAGCCAGCUGCCAGACGUCGUCGUCAGCGUCGGCAACCUCCGGUUCACGCUCGGACAGCUGCAGUAUGACGACGACGGCGCGUUCAAGCUGGGUGCGGACGUGAUCGGCGGCAUCGCGGCCGGCGCCGCCGUCCUGGUGUUGGCCUCGCUGCUCAUCCUGUUCGUGUACCGGCGCAAGUCGUCCCAGGUCGAGCGCGAGUACAAGCGCAUCCAGAUCCAGAUGGACACGCUCGAGAACAACAUUCGCUCCGAGUGCAAGCAGGCGUUUGCGGCCAUGUGCACGUGGGACUCGCGGCGGGGCGGCGACCCUCUGGCGGCGGCCAGUCCCGACCUGCAGGCGCAGCUUAACAGCCUGGCGGCCAGCUUCAACCCCGACGAGGUCGACUGCCUUGAUCAGAGGGAGUUCCUUAUCAAGGUUCUGUUCCCCGGCAUCGCGGAUCAUCCGAUCCUGAAGCACCAGAGCCCCUCGUCUCCCACCAGUCCUCGGACCACGCUCGACAUGGCCAUGCUGCAGCUGGAGCAGCUGGUGAGAAAUCCCAGCUUCCUGGUCACCGUCAUCGACACCAUGGAGCAGCAGAAGGACUUCUCCAUCAGGGAUAGGGUGACGGUGGCGUCCCUGCUGACGGUGAUCCUGAUGACCAACAUGGAGUACAUGACGACCGUACUACACCAGCUGCUGGUGCGGCACAUAUCCAGGAUAUCGCGCUCCAAACAUCCUCACCUGAUGCUGCGCCGCACCGAGACCGUCAUGGAAAAGCUGCUCACAAACUGGAUAUCCGUCUGCCUCUACGGCUGCGGGCUUCUGACUGACCGGGCUGGGCUGGUGCGGUGCUGGUCCCUGCUGCGGGCCUCUGACCGGCCGGGCCGGUGCUGGUCCCAGCUGCAGGCCUCUGACUAG